UCUUGUCUUAUCGUCGUUCCAUCGGUUCACUGCAUCGCACACUACAUCACACAUUUGACUGUAUUCCUCACCAUUUUAAUUGAUCGAAAUCUCUAACAUAAAUUGCGGCUUUGUCCCGUUGAUUCGAGUCCCGAAUCAACACCACUCGCGCAUCGAUGGCGAGUAUAAUCCCCGUCGCCAAUGAGACGACCUCCUCUGGCUCUCGCCUCACCAAGGAAGGUAAACGCAUCACGUAUGCAUUGCAGGUUAUCCAACAGCCCGAGCGUGCUCGCGCCUGUGGUUCUGGUGCCAAAUCCUCUGCAGAUAGGCGUCCUGUAGAUCCCCCACCGAUUGUCGAGUUGCGCGUCUACGAAGGUGAGGGCAACAACAAGCAGGAGAUAACCUUUGCAUACAAUGCAAACUUCUUCCUGUUCGCCACCCUCGAGAAUGCUCGCGCAAUCGCCCCGGGCCGUGGUCCCCCUACUGCCCCGAGUUUCCCUGUCCUUACCGGAACUCCCGUGGCCGGAAUGGCCUACCUGGAUCGACCCAGUCCAGCCGGCUACUUCAUCUUUCCGGAUCUCUCCGUCCGCCACGAGGGCAAGUACCGCCUGAGCUUCGCUCUCUAUGAGGAGUUGAAGGAUCCCAAGGAUAUGGACCCUGAGGACCGCACCCAGGCUCACUCUCAGGCCCAUACCCAGAAUGGCUUGGACGCCCACGUUUCCCAUCGUCUCGAGGUCAAGUCCUCCCCCUUUGUCGUCUUCUCGGCGAAGAAAUUCCCUGGCCUGUCCGAGAGCACCGCUCUGAGCCGCAUGGUCGCCGAGCAGGGAUGCCGCGUCCGUAUCAGGCGCGAUGUGCGCAUGAGGCGCCGCGAGAACAAGUCCUCCAAGGAUUGGGACGAGUACGAUGAGGAAGCUGCUUACGAGCAGGCCAGACGCACCGCAACUCCCGACGCAUACGGUCAGCAGCAACAGGGCCUCCCCACUCCCAACGCGCUCGAUGGCAGUGAUCGCCCUCGUUCUGUUUCCAACGCCAGCAAUGCAUCCUUCGCCCCUCCUCGCCGACCCAGCAUGGAAGAGAUGGCUUCCGCCUAUCAGUCGAACAACGGUUACCAGCAGCAACCCAUGGCCCCGCCUCCCAGCACCAGCUAUUCACAGAUGAACCAAUACGGCUCCAGCCAGAACCAGUACCAGAGCCAAUAUGUACCUCCUCAGCCCGCGGCCCCUGUCAUGCAACCACCUCAGACUCCAUACUCUCACCAGUCCCAGCAGGCGGCACACAGCAGCUACCCCAGCCAGUCCGGAAUGCAUUUGAACCAAUCCUACGGAUACAUGUCCAACCAGAGCUAUCAGCAGCCACACUACGAGCAGCCUGCCCCUGUUCGCCAGGAGCCUCCCGUUGAGUAUGCUCAGCCUGCAAGUGAAUACCGUCGACCGUCCGUCCCUCAGACUCCACAGCAAUAUCCAGGUCCGAGCCAGAUGGUCCCGCCCUACAGUCCCAUGGAGCAGUACAACCGGUCUCAGCAGAUGAAUCAGUCCAUCACACCGCUUCAACCGCUUCAACCGCUCCAGUCGUCGAAUCCGCCAUCAUCAUCUUCUUCCGGUACAAUCCAUAUGUCUAACGGUCAUGCUUUGGCACCACUGAAAACGCUGCAUCCGCCCGCCUCGAUGGACAGACUUGAACCUGUUUCUCCAUCGUAUCAGUCACCGCCCCACUCGUUGUCAGCUCCCAUGUCCGCCACUUCAGAUGCUCCGCAGCCUCAUGUGUAUCCCGAAAGCUCUCGUCCGUCCUUGUCUAAGUAUCCGCCCCAAGGCCCACCGCCGUCUAGCGUCGGUCAGAAGCGAAGCUUCUCGAGUACCUUUGACACGAAGCACAUGACAGACCGUUUGCAACAGGGUGCUCGACCUAAUCCAACCGCGCCUCAGUAUGGUUACAACGACGGCUACGACGAACCGGACAUGGAGGAGCCAAUGGAUCGAGCCUCCAUGAGCUACCGCCGCGCAGAUGGAACUUCACGAUCGCGUCGGGUUCCUGAGCUUGCCAUCUAGGCUCGUCACAGUUGUGAUCUCUUCACGGCGGCACUCUGUUCUGGUGUCUAAAAGAUCUUGGCGUUCCGGUUAUGACUGAUCAGGAGUGCCUACCUUUCUCGCGAUAUCCCCUUGUACCACAGAGAAGAACGUAUGAAUGAAACCAUCAGCGAUCUUUGUUUUGGUAUAACCUUGCUUUCUCACAAUUUUUUUUUGUCACCAUUUGCUUUGUCGGAUCUCCCUUGAUUGGGGGAACGUAUAGCACCACACAAUCAGAAUUUUCCUUGACGUUAAACGAACCAAGACGCAAUCUUUGUCACUUGCUAACUCGAAGCAACAUACCUAAUUUCCUUAACCACUUGCCUCACGUUCUAUUUCCUAUUUUGCCCUACUCAUUGUAGUUGUAAGCUUUGACGGUGAAAGAAGAUGACCAGAAA